GCUGGCAGCUGGCCGCCCCCAUCACCUCGCUGCUGAAAAUGAGGCAGCAUUCUCCAUGGCAACCGUGGACCCUCCAAGGCUGUCGCAGUUAAUCCCCAUGAGCUUACUCACUCCCUACUUCUUCUGAGAGGGUUUUACAAGCAGCACCAAUGCCCAGGAAUUCUGCCCAGGUCGCCACUGGGUCUGCUCUUUAUCGCACAGGAGGAGGACAGCGCACCGAGCCAGAGCAGGCGAGAGGAGCCGCGAGGGCAGAACGGCCGGCCCGGCUCAUCAGGUACUGUAAGCUUCCCCACCUUUCACCGGGUCCAGCUCAGCUCUGGCUGCAGCUUUUCGCUUGUGUUCCCUGCGGCUCGGUCGGUCUGACCCGCAGGCGGCGGAGUGUGGGCGGAAGCUGGGAAAGUGCUGGUGUCUGUUGUUGCUGCUGUUUUGUCUUUGAUGACUCAGGGAUCAAGCAGAAUGAUAUAAACCUUUGAUUUGCCCGGUGCUUCAUGCAGAAAACAUACGACAUGCACUCACUGACAUUCACAGACACAUAGACACAUAGAACUACUGUCUGUGAAGCUCCGUCUGUCUGAGUCAUUGCACUAACUAAACAAAAGCUGUUUCCUAGUGGAUUUUCCCCUAGUCCCCCUUUCAUGCCCCCUUCUCUCUGCUGCCUGCUCUCUCUCACUUCCCUGCACUAAUCCUCUUGUUGUGGACUGAGGGGCCCCAGCUUUGGCCGACCGCUUGGCACCGUUGAAAGCUGCUUCAGUUAAAGCCUCCCCGUCUUGUACCACUAUUAUUACCGCCUCCUUCAGCAACCACACGUCCAUGGGUCUUCUGUUUUUAGAAGCGCUCUGUUCUCUCCCCGCCUGCUUCUCUCUCCAUCGCCCUCUUGCCUAGUUCGCAGCACCAUGGACUGCAGGGGAGGCACUGCCCUUUGGCUGCUGUUGGUUUGUCUGGGGACCGUCGUGGAGGUGAGGGGCCGGGGCCGCGGAUCCCUGCAGGAGGCUCUUAGAGCCCUGGACCUGCCCCUCGGAGCCGGAGGAAAGCCUCAGCUGCAGAAGAACCACACUGGAGUGCUGAUCGCUGCGCUUCUUCGGGCCGUGAACUGUGCAGGACGGACUGGGACAUCUCAGGACGUGUGUGAGAAGUGCCUGACACCAGACACGGCCCUCUCUGUGCUGGAGGACGACGGCAGGGCUUUUCUCACUGAGGAGGACUACCAGCGGAUCUCGACGGUUCUGCUGUACUACAUCGUUAACCUGCAGGACCUGUGCGUGUCCAACGCGGCCUCCCCUUCCUCACGCUCCUUUUCCUCGGCGGGGAACUAUCAGUUCUACCUUUUGGCCCUCACCAACCUACACCCAGGGGAGGACGGCCGCCUCCUAUCGCCUGCUGAAACAGAAAGCAUUUUGCAGGUCAUCAACCAGCACUAUGAGCCCUCCAACCAAGAAACAUCCUCCGAUGAGAAGUGCAUUGAUGCUUCUCGUCUCCUGGACGAUGUCGGCGUGAAGGAACCUCCGGGUGCUGGUGAGUCUUCUGUGCCCAGACUGGCUGCAGACAUCAUCAGCCACAUCCUGCAGGGCCACUGCUUCCGGAGGAGGAGCCUGCCGUCGCCUGCGUUUUUUACCGACUACAUCUUUCGCUCCCUGAACUGCACAAAUAGCCUGCAGAUUCUAGACUUGGAAGAGCUGCUUCAUCUGCUGGGUGUGGGCCAAGACAGAGCAACGCACCCUGAAGGCAGAAGGAGGCGGAGCAUCACGGGGCGGUCCGGGCAUCAGAGCGACUGUUGCAACCAUGACGUGGCAGCGAUGAGCAGGGACUGGGCCCAGGUGUGUUUUUCAGCCAGCCAGUUGGUCGAUAUUUUCGCUUUGGAUCCUCAUUUGCCAAUUUCCAAGCAGCACUUCAGACAAAUUUGCCCGGCCAUCGUUCAGCAGUUGCUAGGCAAUGCCUGCGAGUCUGCAGAGCAACAAACAAGAGGAUCUCCGCCCACUGCUCUGGAGAAGUACGGCUACAGCACGGCUGCUGUGCUGCUCAUCACGGUGGGCUCCAUGUUCGGCAUCUGCUUGGUCUUCUUCAGCUCCUGCCAGGAGACCUACGCGCUGGUCCUGCAGCUGUUCGUGGGCCUCGCAGUGGGAACUCUGUCGGGAGACGCACUCCUGCACCUCCUGCCGCAGGUCCUCGGACUCCACGGCGACGCGCGCGGCCACGGCGACGAGCACUUCGGCGAUGGAAGGAAGAGCCUGUGGCUGACAGUGGGCGUGAUCUCUGGGAUCUACAGCUUUUUCCUUAUUGAAAGGAUAUUUUCCUUUUUUGUGCCUCAUGGCCAUAGUCAUGCCGGUGACUUUUCUGUGGAGCUCACCUGCAACGGUGAGUCACGGAGGGGCAAGUCCAUCUCCACCAUACAGCUGGGACCCGUGGACGACCUGGAGUGUACAGAAGUCUCCCCUGAACACGUAGCCACCACGAGGCCUUCCAAUCAGAGACGAGGGGUUCCUCUGCUGGCUGUGAUGGUAACCGUGGGAGACAGCCUUCACAACUUUGCAGACGGCCUGGUCGUCGGGGCGGCCUUCUCCUCCUCGGCCGAGACCGGCAUGGCCACGACCGUGGCCAUCCUGUGCCACGAGAUCCCACACGAGAUGGGCGACUUUGCGGUGUUGCUCAGCUGCGGGCUGUCAGUGAAGACUGCCGUGCUGAUGAACCUCCUCAGCGCGCUGACGGCCUUCGUGGGCCUCUACAUCGGCCUGUUCGUUUCCUCAGAGGCAGAAGUGCAGAAGUGGAUCUUUGCAGUCACUGCCGGCCUUUUCCUCUACCUGUCGCUUGUAGAAAUGCUUCCAGAGAUGAGCCGAGUGAAGACCUACCGACCAUGUCUCGUGUUUUUCCUGCAGAACCUUGGCCUGUUGAUGGGCUGGACCUGCCUUUUGCUUCUCGCCCUCUUUGAACACGAACUGAAAUUUUAAUAACAAACAUACAUAAAGCACACACACACACACACACACACACACACACACACACACACACACACACACACACACACACACACACACACACACACACACGUACAGUAUGUGGCACGUGGUCAUUAUUAUUCUCUUUUGUGCACAUCUAGCGACGUUAUGAUAACAUUCAUGUUGUAGUCUCAGCACUGGAUGGUAAAUAUUUACUGUAUGAAUCCUUUUUGUACAUGAUGAUUUAUUUUUGUAUCUGGAAAAUAGAUGUCUAGUUUGCCCUUUUAAUAUUAUUCGGCAGCUUUAUGUGAGGAAGCUAGUUAGUUCAGUUAAAGGGGAAGUCACUACACACAUGCUCAAUGAAUGAAUGAAUUUAAAGAAGAUCGUUUGAUUCCUGUCUUUGAUCUUUAAUUAAACAAUACAUUCCACCA